AUGUUUAACAAACCUUGGCUGUCUAUCAUAUCGUCGUUAGUCUUCUAUAUCAUGUUUCUGCCAUCAUCUGAAUCAGCCGCCCUCCUCAGAUGGUUCUGUACUAUUAUUAACAUCACUUUGCUUUGUAACGAUGCUGCGAAAGCAACUGUGGGUCAAUUGGAGGCGGUAUUCAAUGGUGGUGGUGGUGGAGAAACCGCUGCUUUGGAAUGUUAUGGUGAGUGUGACAAGAAACAAAACGAAGUCAAUUUUGAAUGCUGUUGA